AUGGCGUCGCUGCAGGUCUCCGGCGCGGGGGUCGGCGCCGUGGCCUUCGCUGCGAAGGGGAAGGCCUCCAUUGGUGCACUCCGGCUUCCCUCGGUGGUGACCGUCGGCGAGGUCCGCCCCGCGCGGCGGGCGUUCCGCGGCCUCGUUGUCAGGGCCGCCACCGUCGUCGCCCCCAAGUAUACAACACUUAAGCCCUUGGCUGAUAGAGUGCUUGUAAAGAUUAACUCUUCCGAGGAGAAGACAACUGGUGGAAUUUUGCUCCCUACAACUGCUCAGUCCAAACCUCAGGGUGGUGAGGUAGUUGCUGUUGGAGAAGGAAGGAUAAUUGGGGAUAAGAAAGUUGAUGUCAGCAUUCAGGUUGGAGCUCAAGUUGUAUAUUCAAAGUAUGCUGGAACUGAGGUUGAGUUGAAUGAUCACAACCAUCUGGUUCUCAAAGAGGAUGACAUUAUAGGUAUCUUAGAAACUGAUGAUGUGAAAGACAUGAAGCCUCUGAAUGACCGUGUUCUAAUCAAGGUUGCUGAAGCUGAAGACAAAACUCCAGGCGGUCUAUUGCUUACCGAAACUACCAAGGAGAAGCCAUCUAUUGGAACGGUCGUAGCGGUUGGCCCAGGCCCCCUGGACGAGGAAGGCAAGAGGAGCCCGCUGUCUGUGUCCGCGGGGAGCACCGUCCUGUACUCCAAGUACGCAGGCAGCGAGUUCAAGGGCGCCGAUGGUACGAACUACAUCGUGCUGAGGGUGUCGGAUCUGAUGGCCGUCCUCUCCUGA